UAACCCCACAUGCCAGAGUCGCUAUAAAAGGGCAACACGAGACACAGUUUGCAUAUUCAUUCCAUUCCAGUCAACAAAUAUCCUACUAGGCUACUAGCUAGCUGUAAUGGGUUCCAUGACACUUCCCAAAGAGCUUCCCACCAUAAAUUUCUCCCUCCAGGACUUGAAGCCUGGCUCAAGCUCCUGGGCUUCCACCUGCAAACAAGUCCGCUAUGCACUAGAAGAAUACGGUUGCUUUGUUGCAUUGUACCAACAAGUUUCCCCACAGCUUAUGGACAAUAUCUUUGGCCAAUCCAAGGAUUUGUUCGAGGUUCCCCUCGAAAACAAAGUCAAGAACACCAGCGAGGAGCCUUACCGUGGCUAUAUCGGACCAAACCCGCUCAUGCCGCUCUAUGAAGGCAUGGCCAUUGAUAACGUCACAUCCCCACAAGAAACUCAAAAGUUCAGGGAUCUCAUGUGGCCUAACGGAAAGACCAAAUUCUGCGAAAUCACAGAUCUAUUUGCCAAGUUGCUCGGGGACUUGGAAAACACUGUGGAAAAGAUGUUGUUCGAAAGCUUCGGGAUACCCCAAGAGCAAUAUGAAUCGUUGGCGAGUUCAAACAGUCAUCUUCUUCGUUUUCUCAAGUAUAGGACACCAGAAGAGAGUGACGCAAACAUCAGGUUUCCGAGCCACACGGACAAGAACUUCACCACCAUUGUUGUUCAGCAUGAUGUCGGUGGCCUCGAGGUUCUGACUAAGGAUGGUGAUUGGAUUAGUGUUGAGUCUGCACCUUCUCAGUUCCUCUUCAUGGCUGGUGAUGGACUUCAGGUAUGGAGCAAUGACAGAAUAAAAGCAUGCCAGCAUCGAGUGAAGCACUGCGGAGACAAGACUCGAUACUCGCUGGGAAUGUUUACGUUUAACAAUGGAGUAUUCCAAGUGCCCAAAGAGUUAGUAGACGACAGCCACCCACUACUCUACAGGCAGUUUGACAGCCGUGGUUUCAUAAGAUUUUACACCACACCGGAGGCUAAGAAGGCAGAGUCGCCCAUCAAAGCGUACUGCGGAGUUAAAAACUAGCCUAUUCUCCACCCGAAUGUUUACCUAUAGAAUAAAUAUACAUCAGGUAGCUAGGAAUGAGGAUCCAUGCUUUGCUUUGCGAUCCCAUAUGCAUCUGCUUUGCUUUUGCAGUUAUGAGAGGUCAGGAUUCAUUGUCCAUAUAAUAUAUAUCACCAUGUAUCAAUCUAUUAAGAAAUAAAUUAUGUAUUAUACAAAGAAAAAUUCUACUAUGGACCAUAAUACUUGGUCCACAGAAAACUCUUCAGUGUACAAGAUAGUUUUGAGUCCCUGCCAUCACGCAUCUUCCAUUA